GGAAGCGGAGGCGGAAGAGGCGGCGCUGGCAUUCCGCGCGUGCCGUGCCGGGCUCGGUGGAGGAUGCCGCGGCGCGGCGCAGCAGGCGUUUGUUUGAGCUGGGUGGCACCGGCAGGGUGGCUGUGCCGCUUGUACCAGUGGCAGGUGUGGCAGCAAUCAGUGUGUGGGUGGCUAGGACCCGCUCAACGGUCGGAGCUGGGAGUGGCUGGGCGCAGCGGUCACGACACGGGUGCCGCGGCGGAAAAGUGGGUCGCGAGUGGGCCUGUAGGAGCGGCGUUGGGGCUGCAGCUGCUGGCCUGACGGGCUGGGCAAACAACCACCUAGCCGCCCCCUCGCCGCGUUGGGAUGGCAUGGAAGAUGAGGGUCGCUGGUUGGGGACGGGUGUAAGGUCCGGCUGGUUCCACGACGCGGGAGUUGGUGAGCAUUGUGCUUCAGGCGCGUCACUGUGAGGGAAAUGAAGUGGCAGGACUGGCGGUGGCAACAUAUGAAGGCAGCGCUGAACCUCGCACGUAAUGGCGCAUGCUCUCCUUGCAAUGCAAGGAAGCAGGAGCCGCGAGAGGCGCACAGCCUGAUACACGUUGGCUGCCGCCGACCUAAAGCAAUUUACCUGCUUCUUUUGCUUCCUUUGGCGCGCCACAUGCACGUGACGCCAUGCCGGUCGUGCGCCCCGGCCCCUAGGCGCCGGGUGUGGUGUGCGUGUGUUGGACUUGAGGAUGCGGUUGGCUGUGCUCAGCCUCUUAUACUUGCUGACGCUGACUACUGAACGUAUGAGAAGUAUUGGGUCUCACCAAGGCCGCUGCGUGUGGUUGUGGACGGCCACUGCGUACAGGCUGCCGCGAACACAGCAUUGCAAAGGAGGGCGGUGUAGGCAGCAGUGAGCGGAAACUUCAAGGGAUUCAGGAGUGGGACAAGCCAGGACAGCGCAGCAUUGCCUUCUGGUGGUUAGCUACGUCAGUGCUCUGUUGCACGGCGCAUUUCGGCACUUGGCGACAUGUGCGACAAGUCGUCAAAGUGACGGCUGUGUAACGGCGAUGAGAU